AUGGGACUUGGUGUACUGGUAAGUAACAAAUUCAUGAAAUGCCAGGGGAAUCCGCAUUCCGGUACAUGUUUUCUUGUCGAAUCCGGAAUCCGGGAAAUUUCUCUUUUGGAAACUGGAAUCGUCAUGACCCGGGGGGUAUGUGCCGCUGGCCUCUCGGAGCCCCUACCCCAUUAGAGUCCAUUCUGUGGCCAAUUAUAUGAUUGCCUUUUUCCCGAGAAAUAUACAGUGAAAAAACUAUAUUUCUAAUACUAAACUAGAAAAAGGUGAUCAUUAUUACAUCCAAACACGGCACAAGGAUCUUUUUUCCCAUUACAAUCUUAUUCUAAGAAAACUUUAAGAAAAAAUGUCCCGAAAAGCGCUCGAAAAUACAAACGAAAUGUGCUCAUUUUCCCUGGGCAUCCUAUAAUACUCCUUAAAUCGAAUUAAUUCAAUAUGGCUGCCGUAUCGGUAAAAAGGUCUAUUUAGCCAGAUGCUCGGGCUGCUUAACAACGGCUCGCUGAACGGCAAGCCAUUCAAGCGUUCAUUCAGAUCACAAAACUUUGGGUGUGAUCGGGCGAAGCCUUCUUAGGUUAAUUCAAACGCCUUUAAGUCUUGAAGUCCAGCCAUGUCGGUUUAUUUUCAACAGAGUAAUUAAACUAGGAAUGCUUAUCGAUGGCCCUCAAAUGAACCCUUGGAUGGCUUGCUAUCCAGCGAGCCGUUGAUAAGUUCUAUCCAAAUACGUGACAGGGUUUUGCUAAGAGCCAAUAGUCUUCUGGCCUCUCCACAGAUCGUUAGUGUAUGAACUAAGUAACCAGGCCAGUGUUCACGUUAUACAGGCGAUCAAUAGAGAGGUUGAUCAUCUCGUUUACGUCAAACGGCAAACGCGAAUUUGUACCACGUGACCAAGUUUUCCCAUUACUUGUCGUUUACUGUUCAUUAUUUAUACACAUAAAUUAGUAGUUUCACAUAAUUUUUCAUCCAUAAGAAUUGUUUUGAGCUGUUUUUAUCUGCUAAUUUUCUAUUUUGAGAAAGUCUCAACUUGAAUCUGACGUCCGCCGUUUGCCGUAUACGCGAAGCUUAAAUUCUUUUUGAUGUGGUGGUCUCGGUAAAAUUCAAGGAAAGAGGUAAGGCAGAUUGGAAGUCUGGCUAGCCCUCUCUCUCCCUCUGAUUUUGAACAACUCUGAUACAAGAUAUGAUUAUAAACGAUAACACUGAAAUACAUUCGAUACAACUGGCUCAUGAACGGCCUAUUUAAUUUUUACUUACUAUUACUUGCCACUCUAUGAAAGGCUAAUUGUUGAAUAGGACCGUUGCUGAGGAGAGUAACGAAAGUAUUUUACAUUGGUUGCCUGAUCGGCCACGCUCAAAUCCCUUUUUAUUCCCGACUUCCUAGUAUCCUUAGUCACGGAAGGUUUUUAAUAGCUCAAUUUGUGCUGAACUGGACGCAGAAUAUAUUGAAGUUCACGGGUUCAAACUCUCGGACCCGUCCGAACCUAGGGAUCAUGAACAGGGCCCCUUCAUACUCUCUUGCGGCCGAGACUUACUUAGGGUGUUUUUUAAUGCGAUAUAAACUACAGUGAAAAUCUGCGACUUAGAACCUAGUUUUUAAGAGCCUUUUACGAUAAAGUUUGACAGUCAGACCCCUUCUAUACAAGAACCUGUUUGGCCUAAAAGUUGAAACGGGUUGUUAUUUUUCAAAAUCGUAAAUUCUGUACACUCUGGCAAAUUGGAUAAGUCAUCCUUCAGGAACGUCUUUGGAGGAAUAGGUGUCUUAUUACUCCAACUGCAGUUAUUGCAAUCUGAAACAGGUAUACAGGGUUUACCUAGGGAAUUAGCUGAACACCACUUAUAUUAAUGUUCUUAGCUACAAUGUUUUUUUUUUUCUUCAGAAAAUAAGAACCUAUUUAAGAACCUAAAAAGUGUGCUCUUGAGUAAACAUUUAUCAAAGAAUCUGUUAAGGCUAACUUGGGAAAAUAAAGGCCCUAGUCGCGGGUUUUUACUGUAUUACUCUCUCUCGACUGUUAGUUUACUCUCCUCAUUUGCCUCUCCUUUUCUUUUAUUCAAGAUCUCGACGAGUGUACAGCCAACAUUCGUUCAUGUAAUUCAAAUGCGUCUUGUACAAAUAACUUGGGAUCUUUUACGUGCAACAGCUUUCUUGGAUUUUCUGGAGUUAGUCAAAAUUGCAGUGGUAAUGACAUUUCUGGGCUGUGAUUUUUAA